AUAAGCAUCAUCACUUACCUUAAUUUGUUACAUCAAGCGAGUAAACCCUCCUGAUUAGAUUGCGUUAAAACAUAGAACUAUGGCUUCUCAGACCAAAGUGGUGAUGCUUCUUAUUCUCGCCACAGCAGGAGCAGCUUUGGCUGUGGCGAACACAUCAUCAGAGGCUGAUCCUGACACUGUGAAAGAUCAGGCAGCAAUGCUUGCAUUUUCUAACAAAUGCCCAUUUGGAUGGUCCUACUAUUCUGGUCGCUGCUACUUGUACAACGCCGUCAGACUGGAUUGGGCUUCUGCAGAGACAUUCUGUCAGAAUUUUGAUGCACACUUGGUCUCAAUACACAACGAGAAUGAACAUCAGCAGAUAAGGGCUCUUAUCCGUGCUUAUGACCCCACAGAGGCUCUAACAUACAUUGGCCUCAGUGACUGUCAGAAGGUUUUUCAAUUCUUUUGGACUGAUGGCACCAAAUUGACUUUCACCAAGUGGAAUCCAGGACAACCAGAUAAUUAUAAUAACGGAGAGCGCUGUGUGCAUAUAAACUUUGAUACCAUGAAAAACUGGAAUGAUGGUUCUUGUGUCGAUUCCCUUGCCUCUGUGUGUGCCAAGAAAAGUUACUGAAAAUCUUCCUGCAUCUCACCAAAUAUAAUACAAUAUUUUUCCUCUUCACUG